AUGCAGCAAACUACAACUAUCCAAACUCAAGAAAAGAUGGGACGACGAAGAAAAAUCUCAGCACACAACAUCUUUCCGAGUCAUAAUGGUGCUUUAUCCCAUGUUGUUGCAUUUGUCGCCACUCUGGGUUUUGUUAUUUAUUCUUCCAGCGACAAUAAAGAAAAGAAAGAAUCGUUUAUAAGAAAACAUCUAGAUUCAACUAUUAAUUUCAUUCAUCUGUUAACGUUUGCUACGUGGGUUGGCAUUCAAGUUUGGGUGCAAGUGUCAGGUAAGAUCUAUCUCUAACAUUUGAGUACACCCAAAAUUAAAGUUAUAGAAAGUGCUCUAAAAUUAUUUUUGGCCAAAACUUUUGUUAGACUGCUCGUUCAACUUUAAUUAACGCCUGUUUUUGAUUCCAAAACGUGUGCGUACCAAGUCGGGGAAACUUGCGACUUUGAGUCGUUGACAAUUGGGAUACAGUUAAGAGAGCUCAACGUUCAAUAUAGCAUCAAGAAACCCUGUAUAAGAAAAAAAUAAACCUGAAAUAUAAGAAACCCUGCAUGAUGAGGGGGUUGCCUUUAGAGUGCAGCUUUUACCUGUAGUCUUAACCAUCGACUUCAUGGUACAAUUAGAGAAAUAAGUCUAUUACAAUGAAUCACAACGCUCUCUGACACGAUAUUUUUAUUUACGAGCUUUCGGCUAUCAGAUCUAUAACCUUCAAGAGAACGUUGUGAUGACUGAUGUAUAAUUAAUGUUUUUGAUCAGUUGUUGGUUUUCCAGGGAAAGUUAAUUUUCUCUGUAGUAUUAAUUAAUGAAGGUAUUUCUGUUUGUUCUCACAGGUUUCACGAUGUUUAAAACGUUGACCAGAAGCGCGUUUGCGCAAGUCCAGAGUCGAAUCUUCCCAAUGUACUUCAUAUCUGGCAUAAUAAUGAGUACUAUCUCGCUCUUCACUCAUCUGUACAUGAAUCCCGUGAAAUCAUGGCAGGAAGACAGUCUAUCUUUGUAUCAGGUGUGUAAAGCCACGGCAUUUGUGCUUUUCCAUGCGGUAUAUUGUACAUUAAUCUUUCUCAGGCCGUGCGACCAGGCCUUUUCCACACAAGGACACAAGCUUGGUCGCAUGGCACGAGGAAGACUAGUUUGGUCAAUACAUAUAGUUAUGAAAUACCGCAAUCUUGCUUUCCUUGAAAAAGGCCCUCUAUAUUCUAACUCUUUCUCACUUUACUGAAUUAUGCCAGUCAAUAGACCUUUGCCCUUUUUAGUGAAAUUUUGAUCUAGACAAGCCUGGACAAAAAUUUCAUCACAGCUUGAAAGAGCAUCACAAAAUUAGUAAUAUUCCGAAGUUUCGUUGCGAAAUGUUGUAAAAUGCGGACAAUAUAGCCUUGCGAAGUUUGCCGUUUUUCAGUCAUUUUGCAUUACAAACGGGAAAUUGAUAAUCAGUUUGAUCAUCUGAUUAUCAAUUUCCCAUUUGUAAUCAAAAUGACUGAAAAACGGCAAACUUCGCAAGGCUAUAUUAUCCGCAUUUUACAACAUUUCGCAACGAAACUUUGCAAUAUUACUAAUUUUGCGAUGCUCUUCCAAGCUGUGAUGAAAUUUUUGUCCAGACUGGUCUAGAUCAAAAUCUCACUUAAAAGGGGAAAGGUUUAUUGAAGAAUUGAAUUUCACAGAUUGAAGACAAGAUCAUUGUAUAUAAAAAAAUUAAUAAAUGUUUAAAACAUUUGGGGCAAAACCGGAAGUUAAAUAUAAAUGUUUUCAACUAACAGCUGGCCCUGGGAAAAAGAAAUCAAUGCAUAUCAUUUGUCGUAAACAAAGUAUUUCGGCAGCUGUACGUGUCACUUAGUGCUGUUCUCUACCACUGCAGCAGUAUGUAGACUAUGUAGUUUGCUCGCAGGGACAUGUUGUACACUAUUCACAAUUCAGAAGAAAUUGAGCGAAAAAUUUCGACAACGAAUUCUUUCUUGCAAGUGGAAAUCCAGCUUUAGUCUUUAGCAAACUUAUUGAUUAAAAUAACGAAUUAAUAUGUAAUUUUCCAUGUAUAGACACUCAGUAUCUCUGUUUCCUUGCUGUGUUCACUUGUGAAUUACUUCUACCUUGGACCUGAGACGAUCAGGAUGGUGCAGAUCAGAGCACAACGUGUAAAGUUUCUCGGAAUUGAAGAUGGUGUUGGUCCAGUUAGUCCAAAACUCGUAGAGCAUGAUUUUACGUACAGGGAAAUAAAACAAAGAUUUAUCAAAAUGCACGCAGCAUGUUCUAUGGUGAAUGUUAUAUGUUAUGGUGCUUGUGGUGUCAACCUGUGGUGCUUGGCUAGUAAGCAAGUCUUGUGUUAG